AUGCAAACAUCGGUGCUUGCCGGUGUCCUGGCGCUUGUGCUCCACGCGAUGGCUGCGGUGCCCAUGUGCGCGCCAAUUGAAGCCAACAUUGACUAUUGGGGCAAUGAUAUCGGUCGCACGGCGCGCAAAUCGGCCGACGACUGCUGCGCCGACUGCAAGGCCACGCCGGCAUGCCGCCUCUUCGUCUGGAAUGACCACGAGGGCGGUACUUGCUGGCUCAAAAACAAAAUGGGUGCCAAGUCGUACUCUCCCGGCGCCAAGGCCUCGGUUAUCAACGAUAUCACCGUACCGAACCAGUGCUCGGCGGUCGAAGAGCAUGUCGACUACUGGGGCAACGACGUCGGUCGUACCGCUCGGGCGUCGGCGUCCGACUGCUGCGCCGACUGCGAGGCGACGCCGGGCUGCCGCCUCUUUGUCUGGAACGGUCAUGACGGCGGGACGUGCUGGCUCAAGAGCAAGCAAGGCGCCAAGGGCUUCUACUUUGGUGCGGUGUCUGCUACGCGUUUGCCUGUAUCGGACUGCAGCAUCGUCGAAGAUAAUGUCGACUACUGGGGCAACGAUAUCGCACGAUCAGCGCGUGCGACGGCCGAAAACUGCUGCGAUGACUGCAAGAACACGCCCGGUUGCCAACUCUACGUCUGGAACGCUCACGAAGGCGGUACUUGCUGGCUCAAGAACAAAAAGGGCGCGAAGUCGUUCGCCCCCGGUGCCAAGUCUGCAACGCUCAAGGCGACGAUGACCCCGACCCUUUCCCCGACUACUGCUGCCCCGACCACUGCUGCACCGACCACGGCGGCUCCUCCGACUGCAACGCCGACAACUGCGGCCCCGAAGACCGCGGCCUCCGACGACCAUGGCCCCGAAGACCACUGCUCCCACCACUGCUGCCCAACCACGGUUGCUCCGACUCACGGCGGCUCCUACGACUGCAACACCGACAACCGCGGCCCCGAAGACAGUCACCCAGAGAAGACGACGUACAACAAGGCGAUUGAGACGGCCAUGGCGAAUGGCAACUACGCACUCUUUGCCAAGAUCCAUGUCAACCAGAUGACGUGGUCUGAAGCCCAUAACUCGUGUGUCUUUCUCUACUGGCACCGGCGCUUCCUUCUCGGGUUUGAAAACAUGCUCCGGUCCCUCGACCCGUCGUUUGGCUGCGUCACGAUCCCGUACUUUGACUACGUUCAAGACAGCGUCGCGUUUCGUCAAAACAAGUGCAAGUCUGUCUCGGCUUGUUCGAGCAUUGCGCGCGAGCUUGCAAAGCCCCGUAAGUCGCUCCAGUGGGAUCGCGACGACUGGACGAAGAUCGCAUUCACGCCCGACAUGAGUCCCAUCAGCAUCAAGGCGACGGUGCUUCCAUCCGACAAGGCAGCGACUCUCGCCGAUGUAAGCAGCAGCAUCGAAGGCCGCGUGCACAACUCGGUGCACAACAUGCUCGGUGGUGACAUGAAGACGGCGGCGUCGCCCAAGGAACCCAUGUUCUGGUCGCACCACGCGCUCAUCGAUCUCCUCCACACCAUCAACUUUGAGUGCCGCGCCAAGGGACUCCCAAAGAACGACCCCAAGGUCUUUUCGAGCUGCUCGGUGGACCGGCGAGUCGUCGGUCCUAACUCGGUCGUCAACAUGCUCGAAGACGGCACGAGCCGGAACGUCGACGAGACGGCGGUCACCAAGCCGUGGUUUGCCGGUGUCCCCAACAAGUACUACGACCUCUCGGACGUGACGCAGCUUGGCGCCUUCAGCUACAACUACGAGAUGAGCGGGUUUCUCAAAGACAUGCUUACCAACUGCAACAACGUCGUCACCAACAACCGCGAAGACGCCGUCAUCGUCGACACGCCGCACGUCCUCACGAGCACGCACCGCCAAGACAACGAAAACGAACGUGUAUGGCAGCGCGCUAUGAUGCAGCUGGGCGCCGCUUCGAACCUCACGGUCUCGGACGCCGAGCUCGAGAUGGAAAAGGUGCAGACGCUUUUGUACGAAAACUGCUUUCCCGGCACGAUCCAGGAUUUCGACCCCAAGUUCAAGAAGCUUAUGGGCAUGGAGAACAUGAAGUCGCACGACCUCAUGCUCCUCGAGUCGAUCCAGAGCGGCGCCAACCCGAUCAAGCUCCCGCUCGACAAGUGGACUGCGAUCAACGAGCAGACGUACCACUGCCGCGGUGACGUCAAGGUCUCGCCCUAG